UCCAGCCCACGUGGCACCUGGGUGCCUGCCUGUCCAGCCUAAGGAAGCAGGGCUGAUUUCAGAGGGUCUGAAAGGCGGCCAGUGGGAGCGCCAUCCGUUCCUCUUCGGGGCUGAGAAGAUUUUCAGCUGGGACAAGCCAAGAAGGAUUGAACUUGAUUUAUGAUAGUGUACUUGGAGGGCAAGGACCAAGAAGACAGCUAGAAAGCAGGAUAGUGAACCAGGUGAAGUACAGCAAUGAAGCCUCUGCUAUGCAUACUUCAGCCCUGGAGGAAUUUACCUGAGCAUAAUAGCUGAUGGUCCCCAGUGGCUUUUCAUUGUCAUUAUGGCAUCACUCUCCAGUUCCAGCUUUAAUGUGAAAGGCAGACUGUUUUUACCCAGGGGCAACACCAGCAUGAGGAAUGAUGGACAUGUGCAAGAACUUUUUCAUGAAGAAGCACAACAGAAUUCUCCAAUACACAACAGGCCUUGGUGGAAGAUACAGCUUUUUGUUUGGGAACCAGUGCUCUUUGGAACGUGGGAUGGAGUCUUCACCUCUUGUAUGAUCAACAUUUUUGGAGUAGUUCUCUUUCUGAGGACAGGGUGGCUUGUGGGAAACACUGGUAUUCUAAUGGGCAUGUUUUUGGUGUCCUUUGUCAUCGUGGUGGCCUUAGUAACGGUCUUGUCUGGCAUUGGGGUUUGUGAACGGUGCAGCAUUGGAAGUGGAGGAGUCUACUCAAUGAUUUCUACUGUCCUUGGAGGUCAAGUUGGAGGGACCAUUGGUCUUCUUUAUGUUUUUGGUCAGUGUGUUGCAGGUGCUAUGUACAUUACUGGAUUUGCUGAAUGUAUCUGUGAUCUCCUGAGCUUCGGUAACAUUUGGGCAGUAAGAGGCAUUUCACUUGCUGUCCUGUUGGGCUUGCUUGGAAUUAACCUUGCUGGUGUGAAAUGGAUAAUCCGUCUCCAAUUGCUGCUUCUCUUUCUACUGGCUGUUUCCACACUGGAUUUUGUCAUUGGAUCUUUCACACACCUAGAUCUAGAACAUGGAUUCGCUGGUUAUUCAGAGGAGCUUAUGUUGAAUAAUACACUACCGGACUACAGCCCUGGGGAGUCUUUCUUUAGUGUGUUUGGAGUGUUCUUCCCAGCUGCUACAGGUGUGAUGGCUGGGUUCAAUAUGAGUGGUGAUCUCAGGAAGCCUGAAGCAAACAUCCCUCUAGGAUCCCUAUCUGCUAUAGGUGUUUCGUGGUUUCUAUAUAUAGUCUUCGUUUUUUUGUUGGGAGCCAUUUGUACCCGGGAAUCACUCCGCUAUGAUUUUAUGAUGGCAGAAAAGGUAUCCUUGGUGGGAUUCUUAUUCUUACUGGGUUUGUACAUUUCAUCUUUAGCAUCCUGCAUGGGAGGCCUCUAUGGAGCACCACGAAUCCUUCAGUGCAUUGCCCAAGAGAAAGUGGUUCCAAUUCUUUCAUUUCUUGGACAAGGAAAAGGUCCAAACAGAACCCCAGUGGCUGCAAUCUGCUUAACAAGCCUUAUCACCAUGGCCUUCGUUUUCAUUGGCCAAGUGAAUGUCCUCGCUCCAAUAGUCACCAUAAACUUCAUGCUUACAUAUAUUGUGGUGGAUUACUCCUAUUUCUCUGUCUCCAUGAGCUACAACCUUCAGCAGAACUCCAAAAAGCUGCUGAGAGAAGAUUCCAGGGUUGUGUUAGGCUGUUCUCGGCCAUUAAUACUUGACAAACCAUCCUGUUAUGGAUCAGAUGGAAUAAUUCAAGGUAGAUCGGAUGGCACCUUGCUAGAAUUCACAAAAGACAUGGACCAUCUUUUUAGGCCUCUCAGUCAAGAUGCAGGGGCUAGUCUUGAGGGAAAAGAAAUGAACAAGGGUGUUAUCCAAAUAGUGAAGCAGAGGAAGCAAAAGAAGGCAGCCAAACAAACAUUACAAGACAGCUUUCUCUUGGAUCUUGAUAAUAACAUUGGCUCUGCUCAGGAGCUUUGCAAUGAUGACUUGGAAUCCAAUGACAAAAAUAUGCAGAGCUUUUCAGAAUUGAAUUACCAGGAUAAGGAGAGUGCUACAGCCAUAGAACUCAAGCAGAAGCAGGACCAAGAUGGAGGCCAACAUUUUGAAGAGAUGCAGAAAAUUGCCAGUCAGAAAAUGGAAGAUUUCAACGUAAAACAACAAAGCCAAGAACUAGAAAUUCAGAAAAUGCCAGCAUCCUUCUACUCCAGACUCUGUGACCGUUGGGUUUCCCUUGUUGGUGCAAUAGGGUCACUUGCCAUUAUGUUUGUUAUUCAGUGGCUCUACACCCUUGUUAACUUGGGAUUAGCAAUUAUUCUAUAUUUCUACAUUGGCCAAGUGAGUCCAGGACUACCACCUGGUGCAGCUGCCAACUUCAGCUUUUUCAAAUGGAUGAAACGACUUUUAUUUAAUGCCUGCAGGGGAAGGCCAUCCCCAGAGGAGCGAUUUGUUGUGACACCGUCCUUUGCAACAGUUGGCAUGGAGACCACUCAGCUCACUGAAGAGAAUACAGAUUUUGCCUCCCGGGACCGCUACCACCAUUCCUCUGUUAUCACCAGAGAAGAGUUUGUUAAUCGGCUCCAAUGAGAAAGCAACAUGCCAUUCACUCUGCUAGCCAAUUAAAAACACUGACCACAGACAUACGGCUUGAUUAAAAGGCUUGCCCUUUUAGAACAAUUUUAAUGAAUACUGAAACUUCCAGUCAAAGGGGGUGCGGGCGUCAUAGCUUCCAAACUCUGUUCUGUUUUAUUCAAAACGGAAUUUUACAGCUUUUUCCAGAACUUUGGGGAAUUUAUGUGCAAUAGCUGCACUAUUGAUGUUGUUUAAAAUAUUUAAUAAUUUUAUUAAAU